UUGCCCGCUGGAGCUGAAGCAGUUUUUCUAGGGGGGUUGCUGGAGCUGAAACUUUGUCUACCGGGUUGUUGUCACUGAUCCAAAUGGGGGGGGAAUGCGCUGUAGCAACCCUACUUCCAGCACCUGUGGCAAUCCCCCCGCCCGCACCCCAGCGUGACUGCAGUCCAGUUGUGUCCGUUUAAAUCGAUCUUGUCGGGGCCGCUCACCCCCCCCCCCCUUCGCUGAAAAUGUACGUGAGACUAAUCCAGUGUGUCACGGCUUGGGUUCGUCCUGCUCCACACCUGCAGUGGAAGGUGUAGAGAAAAUCCUGAAACUUCCACUGGAGGAUCAUAUGCUCUGUGACAUACACAAGUAACAGGCUUAACUUUUUUGCUUGGUCUGUCAAGCGCACAGAAGCGGCUCUUCGUUAUUUUAAUGUUAGCUUGCUGCUAAUGGGUGUAAGCAAACUGGAUGUUCUGUACCGACGGCUUCUCCUCACUAAACUUUUCAUCCGAGGAUGGGGAAGACCAGAUGAUCUGAAAAGAAUAUUUGAAUUCAGAAAGAUUAUUGGAAACAGGGAAAAAUGCCAGAAGCUGGUUUCAAGAGAUUAUCCAGUGUUCAUUGACAAGAUUGAGGAGCAAUCAGACUGUAAAAUACUUAACGGACAUUUCAUUUCCCCUUUGAUUCACUACAUUCCCAAUAUCCUGCCAGCUGAAUCCAUCAUAGCAAGGUUUCAAUUCAUACUACCCAAGAGAUGGAACAGCAAAUACAAACCUGUGUGCAUUCAUCUAGCAGGCACUGGAGAUCAUUACUACUGGAGAAGACGUACACUCAUGGCCCGCCCAAUGAUCAAAGAGGCCUGCAUGGCUUCACUUUUGUUAGAAAACCCUUACUAUGGCUGCAGAAAACCUAAGGACCAAAUGGAGGAAAGAAGAUCAAGUUUAAAAAAUGUCUCAGACCUGUUUGUGAUGGGAGGAGCUCUUGUUUUAGAAUCAGCAGCCCUUUUGCAUUGGCUAGAGAGAGAGGGCUAUGGACCUCUAGGGAUGACUGGAAUAUCCAUGGGAGGACAUAUGGCUUCAUUAGCAGUGACAAACUGGCCUAAACCAUUGCCAUUGGUUCCAUGUCUUUCAUGGUCUACAGCGUCUGGUGUUUUUACUACGGGUGUGAUGAGUAAAGCUGUGAACUGGAGAGAGCUAGAGAAACAGUACUAUACACAAACUGUCUAUGAAGAAGAAAUCAUUCAAAUGCUUGAAUAUUGUGGAACAGACUCUUUCAAGAUGGGACAAGACUUCGUUAAAAAUUCCCCCAACAGUGUGGACAGUCUGAACAACUUAGCUUUGACUUCCAGAAUGUUGAAUCUGGAUACCACAAGCAAAAUUUUGUCUACAGAAGCCAUUCACUGCCUUAGCACUAGUAAAAGUACUGCAUGUGCCUCAUCAGAAAGACUCUUGCUGCAAGAUGCACCUACAAUGCAGUGUAUAAAUGAAACAUUUUCAACGAGCAGCAGUAGCAAUAAGAACUUCAUCAAGCAGAAAGAGCGCUGGAUAAGUGAAGAAAGGAAAAGGGACACUUUACAGAGAGAAUCACAAAGGUUCAUGAAAGGAGUUAUGGAUGAAUGUACCCAUAUAGCUAAUUUCUCAGUUCCAGUUGACCCAAGCCUAAUCAUAGUUGUACAAGCCAAGGAGGAUGCAUAUGUUCCACGUACUGGAGUGCGCAGCCUUCAAGAUAUCUGGCCAGGAUGUGAAAUCAGGUAUCUGGGUGGAGGUCACAUCAGUGCCUAUCUCUUCAAACAAGGACUCUUUAGGCAAGCCAUAUAUGAUGCAUUUGAGCGCUUUCUUCAGAAAUAUGCUGUUUAAUUAUCUUCAUUAUGAAUUUGCUCAGUGUGGUCUUGUUUGAGCUUUCCGUAUCUGGAAUUUAAUAUUGGCAUGCUUUGGAAAGCCAGCCAGUUAAACCAGUAUUAAAUAGAUGAAUAUCAACAUCGAAUUUCAGACCCACCAGAUUCAAUAUUGGAAAUAAAAUAAUAAUAGUUUCAGUUCAACUAAAUGCCAAUCUCAGACACAUCUGCAUUAAUUUGAACCAUGAAAAUGUUAGCAACAUUUUGUUAAGGUAUGAGGGGAUUCUAUGUAUUUCAUAUUGUCUGUUUUAUAACUUUACGUGUGACAUAAUGUUCUAUACUGAAUAGUUUGCAUAUCUGCUGUAAAGAGACCAAUGUAAUGCCAAAAGAACUGUUGAAAUCUCUCCUUACGGAUUUUAACACUGUUCUAAAUUUAAUACAUUGCUAUUUUUCCCUGUUACUAUUUUUUUUCCUGCCCUCUAUCCUGUGCUGCUGAUAGAGAUUUAUUUUUAGAAAAGGUUCCUCCUGUAAGCCCAGCCUCAUAUGUUUCAUUCACUAUUGUGACUUAAAAUGGCAGGAAUAAAUAAGAGAAGAAGAUGGACAGCAAUGGGGAGAGAAAAGUCCAUGAGUGUUGUAUAGAAAAAAGUAAAUAAAUAAUUUUUAUUGACAUUUGAACGUAUUCUCUAUUCUUGAAGUCUUUUUCUAUUUAAAAACAUAUAGUUCAUGCACAAUAAUUGUAUAGAUUUUAUAGCUGAAAGAGAAUUACUGGUGCUCUAUUUUCAGAUACUAAUUACACAUAAAAAUCAGAGAAUGUAGAAGUUUGGUCCUACCAGAACUUUAUAACAGAAUUACUUGAAAUGAAAAGAGCUUUUGUUACAUAUUCUGCAUUAAGAUUAUUUAACACAAAGACUAUUGAUUUGUAUGUAUUGUUUAAAACAAUGUUUAUUCUUCAGUAGAGUAAGACAACCUAUGUUUCAGAUACAUGGACAGAGUCCUUUUUAAAAAUGUAAUCCACACAUGACUGCCAGCGUACCUUUUUUUUAAACUACAGGUUGAACCUCUGUAAACUGGGACACUCUGAUCCGGACCAUGGAUGUUCCAGGACCAGAGAAUCCUGGUGGAGAGAUGGUGCCUAGGAGCUCUGUGGACUGUCAGGGUUGCGGGCUGCGGGCCCUGAGCUGUCACUAGGGUCAGGAGUCUAGUUGACCACACCUGAGAAGCGGGGCGUGCCCCAGCAGGGCUGCCUGGAGGAGCCAGGAGUGGCGUGCCCCAGCUGGGCUGUUCAGCUAGGCUGCUUGGUGAGGCAGGAGCCUGGUGCACUGCGAGCUAUGUUGCUUGGCAUGGCAGGCAAAGGGGAUGGCAGGGGACUGGCAGGGCAGCGGGGUUUAUGGCAGGUCUAGCACUUGGGGCAGUAGUAGGGGGGCCCAGAAAUAACCUCCCCUGGUCCGGCAAAAUAACUCAUCAGGGACUGGUCAGGUCCAACCUGUAUAUGUUAGCUAAAUGGAGGAUUACAUUACAGAAGAUAGCAGUUCAGAUCACUAUCUCCUAAUUUUACAAUAAAUGUUUUAAGUGGAUGAAAGUAAAAUAUUUAGGAUUCUGAGCAUGUUUAAAGAAUUAAUAGAAUUGGUAUCUUUAUAUAUGACCUGAAACUUGCCUUAAUAAACUAAUCUAUAGUUUAAAAGUAGUUAUCCAUUAAACACUUUCUGCAGUACUCUUAAAAAUUAUAAUAGACUGGGAGAGGAAGCUAUAGCUGAAGCAAUUUUUUUUACAUUUUGGUAUAGCAGAUGACUGUGAAUUACAAAUCCUUCCCCCCCCCCUCCCCACAAGUUCAGGGUAAUCUUUGACCUAUAAAGGAUAUGGAGCAAAUAAAAUGUUGCUUGUACGCUCUUGAAAACUAGUCUUGUAAAUGAGGGUAGUAAAUGGAAUAGUAAGUGUCAAUCUGUAAAUUGGAUAACAAGUCCAAAAAAAAAAAAAUCCUGAAACACAUACAUUUGUAGUAAUUAAAUUUUAUUUCAAGUUCCAAAUGUGCUGGAAUUCUGCCACACUGCUUUUUCUAUUAACUGAAAUGUUUAAAAUGGAAUUUCAUUCUUUUCUUGAUGCGUAGUUUUAUAGAAAAUGUGUAACAGAGUGAGCAAGUGGUAAGUUUCAUCUAGUGUCUUAAAAUAUUUGUACUAUUAAAAUACUGAAUGUUUAUUUAGAAAAUGCAAGGCUUCAAAAGUCAAUACAUGUAAGAUUAAUUUUUAAAUUAAAGAUGUGAGUGCAGUACUAAAAGGUGUAUAUAAAUUAUCUGAUAUACUACUUGUUGUUUGCUUUUGUAAACUGCGGUCUCUUACAAAAGAGAGUUGUUUAAAAAUUAGCUAAGAAUUGGCAAAAUCCAGACAGAUGGCCACAUUCUGAACUACUUUAACUGUGUUUAUGCCAUGUUCUUUUUGCAGCUAUAAAGGGGGAAAAUCUGUGGCAGAGGAAAGGCUUGAAUGCCUGAAUGAAAGCAAAGACAAAAAUUUGAAGGGUGUCUUAAAUGAGCUAGUUUCUAGACUCCAAACUAUAAUCUGCCAAAUUAACUUCUAGAAAUUAUAGAUCUAAUGGAAAACUGGCAUCCAAGGUAUUUGAUGGUUGCACUAGCAAGAUUUUAGUCUCAAAAAAACUUUACCAUGUGUUAAGCAAACUUGUUAUGUUUAGCCUCCGUGUGGAAGUCAGUUUUCCGAUUAGCAUGGUGAAGUAUUAGUAACAUUAUUGAUCUGAAACUUGACUGCAUAUUGAAUUCUAAUGUAAAAAUUCAAUGAAAACAAAAGAUACUGUAUGCCUAUACAAGCAGUCCCCGAGUUACGUGGAUCCGACUUAUGUCGGAUCCCUACAUACGAAC